AUGCUGCUUGUUAAUGUCCUAAUUUGCAUAUCACUAGCAAUAUCAGCACUCCUAUUAUCUGCGACAACAAGAGCGGAUUCAACACCAAAUGGCUUGCAACAAAAUGCCACCAACAGUGGCUCAGCCUUGUCAUCGCCAUGGCUAAAGAAAGUGAUGAACGACACACGAGCCCAUGGGUGCUGGAAGCGAAGGUGGAUAUGUUAUCAAGGAGAACGGCCCCCAAAAAGGCAGUGUUGUAUAAACCGGUGUGUUGAUGUCUCCUCCGAUGUCAACAACUGCGGUUUAUGUGGAGUUAGGUGCCCAUUUACAUGGCAGUGUUGCCGUGGAUUGUGCAUUGAUACGAAUAUAAGCCCUUUCAAUUGUGGGAGAUGUGGGCAUAGAUGCUCUCGUAAAACCCUUUGCAACUAUGGAAUGUGUGGUUAUGCUCAGCCUUCGCCUCAAUGGCCAUUCCCUCCAAAACCUCCUAAGCCUCCACAUCCUCCAAAGUCUCCACAUCACCCUCCUUGGGGUGAUCAGCCACCACCUUUUAUAGACUAUGACUUCGAUUAA